AUGGCAGACAGUUUUUCACUUAAUGGCUUAUCUGGGUCUGGAAACCCAAACCCUCAAGGAUGGCCUGGUCAAUGGGGAAACCAGCCUGCUGGAGCAGGGGGCUACCCAGGGGCCUCCUAUCCUGGUGCCUACCCUGGACAGGCCCCUCCUGGCAGUUAUCCUGGACAGGCCCCUCCUGGAGCCUACCCUGGCCCAACAGCUCCUGCUUAUCCUGGACCACCUGCACCAGGACCCCACCCUGGGCAACCGAGUGGGCCUGGGGCCUACCUGCCUCCUGGACAGCCAAGUGCUCCUGGAGCCCAGCCUGCUGCUGGCGCCUUUGGCAUCCCUGCUGGACCACUGACUGUACCUUAUGAGCUGCCCUUGCCUAGAGGAGUCAUGCCUCGCAUGCUGAUAACAAUUCUGGGCACAACGAAGCCCAAUGCAAACAGAUUUGCUUUAGAUUUCAAGAGAGGGAAUGAUGUUGCUUUCCACUUUAACCCACGCUUCAAUGAGGACAACAAGAGAGUCAUUGUUUGCAAUACAAAGCUGGAUAACAUCUGGGGAAAGGAAGAAAGACAGGCGACUUUCCCAUUCGAAAGUGGUAAACCAUUCAAAAUACAAGUGCUGGUUGAAUCUGACCACUUCAAGGUUGCGGUCAAUGAUGCUCACUUGUUGCAGUACAAUCAUCGGAUGAAAAAUCUCCAGGAAAUCAGCAAGCUGGGAAUUUCUGGUGACAUAGAUCUCACCAGUGCUUCACACGUUAUGAUAUAAUUUUAAACGGGAAGAUUUAAAAAAAAUGAAAUUGAAUAUAAACGCUUACACAUUGAAAUUUCAUGUUUCCUGAUUGAAAAAUUUCACUUUUAUUCAUCACCGUCCUUCUUGUAAAUCUUCGAUUUAAUAAACAUUCUAAGAGUUAAAAAAAA